AAAAAUAUGACUCGUGAAAGACGUGUGGAAGCUAAUGCCAGAGAGAGGUCUCGUGUCCAUACCAUAAGUGCUGCUUUUGACAGUUUAAGACGUGCUGUUCCCUCCUAUUCAUAUAAUCAAAAACUAUCUAAAUUGGCUAUAUUACGAAUUGCUUCUAGUUAUAUUAUGGCUUUAUCUAGUUUAGCAGACGAUAACCAAAAAUCUACAAAUUUUGCAGAAUGUGUUGAUAUGUGUACACAGACAAUUCAAACAGAGGGACGAGCUAGACGGAGA